AUGGAAGGCACUCACUGCACCCUCCAGCUGCAUAACCCCAUCACUGAACUCUGCUAUAUCAGCUUCUAUCUUCCAAAAGGGGAAGUCAGAGGAUUUUCAUACAAGGGCACUGUAACUCUAGACAGAUCCAAUAACGCUUUCCAUAACUGCUACCAAGUCCGGGAGGGGCCAGACAUCACCAGCCUCAGCCAGCAGCCAAACGAACAUCCAGGCGACAUCUUUUUCAAACAGACUCCCACAAAAAACAUUCUGACAGAGCUAUACAAGCUCGCAGCAGAGAAGGAGAGGCUGCUGGACAGUCUGCUGAGGUCAGACAACAUCCUCGGCAUUUCGAUGGGGAAUCAGGAGGGAAAGUUGCAGGAGCUGUCAGUAAGCCUUGCCACCAGGGACGACCAUUUCCAGAGUGCUGGCAACUGGCGCAGAGAACUCCCUGGGAGCUCGCUCAUUAGGAGAAGCACCCAAGAGAACAAAAAGCCCCGGAGGUCUGGCAGGAGGAGAGAGAGCCUGGAGGAGCUCCGGGAGAAGAGAACCAGAAGGAAAGGGCGUGGCUGCCAGGAGUCAGUCUUUCAGAUGGGGAAGGACCAGGUCUGUUCCGGUAGCUCCCUGUCUCCUGGAGCUAGGCCGAAUCUCCGGCUCCUAGAAGAAAGAGGAAAUUUAGUUCCCCAGGGAACAUUUACCUCUUCGCUGAAGAGGAGAAGAGAGAGCUGCCCUGCCAACAUCCUCAGGACACCAGAUGCAGACCUGGGCUUCAGAAACUCUAGGAGGACCUCAGAGGACCCUGAUCUUGAAGGACCUCUGUCCCCUGACAGCAGCCCCGCCGAGGUAGGAGUUGCUAAUGUGGGAGGGCAGCUCAAGAGAUCUCACCAGCAGGAGCCCCCACAACCAAAUCUGUCUGAAAGUCACGUGAAACAUCCAGGGGCAGAGAGGGGGGGCAGCAGGACUCGGAAGUCAAAGUCGUUGGAACGGACUUGCAGUAAGAAACCUGUUUCCAAAGUGGUGACCAAGGUCCAGGAAUUAUCUGCUCCAGUAAAAAGAAUAGUUAGGGCACAUCAUGAUGGCAAAGGAAGGGUUGCCUUCAGCCCAGAUACCCAAACUGAGUCUAUUUCAAAAGCUGACUUCCUCACCCUCCCAGGAGGUGAAGCUGAGACCCAUAGUUCCAGGAGGCUGGUGGAGGAACAGGGAGGGAUCAAGUUAUUGUGGUCCUCAUCCACAGAAAGAACCUCCCUUACCAAAGAACCAGCCAGCACCGAGGCCGCUGUGAACAAGGUUCUCCGCAAGGUGAUAGAGAGUGAGAAGUUAGACGAAGCCACUGAGGGGAAAAGGUUGGGCUUCUCUCGCAGCACAAGGGCCACCCACACUUUCCCAGAGUCUCGAAGCCAAAGGAAGGCUGGGCUACCACACAGUGGCCAUAAAUUCUUGCUUCUAGAUCUGCCCCACACAGUAGGUCCUGAUUCCCUGCAACCCAAAUGCGACGAGAGAAAGCCAAGCCCCCAGGCUCCAACAGCGCUCGGCAUGGUAUUUAAUAAUUCAUCGCCUCAGUCCAGCGCACACAAACGGCUGUCACCUGUUCCCUCGCCUCUGUCUCCAAGGUGUCCCAGCCCACAGCAGCACCAUAGGAUCCUCCUGCUCCCUCCACUGCCUAGUGAGGGAGAAGCUGUGUUUAAUGAGUGCCCUAGUAAGAAGAACGGCGGCGUCUUAUCCUCUGGGUUCCCCUCUGCUGACACCUUGGAGCCAUCAUCUUCUACGAAGGUCACGGAGACCAAAGGAGCCAGCCCGACUUCCCUCAGAGCAAGUCAAACUUGGCUGGUACCUGAGGAAACUUCCGAAAAAAGCUUGGGGCUAGAGAAGGUUCCGGCUCCACCCCAGCACCAGUUGCUAUCAGGCUCACCGCCCUUCAGCACUAUAGGUGCAUGCUACCGCUAUAAUCCAAGAUACGGGCAGCCCAUUUCAGUUUCCAAGGUGUGGAAGUGCCGACACAGGCAGUCAGUAACCCCAGAUGAAGAUUCUGUGGUGAACGAGCAGAAACCACCCCACAUGGGCUGGCACCCAGGACUUUGGAGCAUAGAAAAGAGCGAGGAUACCAACUUUUUGGUAUUGCCUCUGAAGGCUUUCCCUGCGACAACUCCAAUGAGCAGACAGCAAAAGACCUUCCCAAUAAGGACGGAGGGGCUUGGGUCCUGGGAUACAGAGCCGGACCACCCUGUCCAUUUCCGCUCCAUGAAGAGAAAGAGAAGACAAGUAGAAGCGAAUUAUACUUGGAUCUCAACGUACUGUUGUUACAUCAGUGUCCAGGUGACAGAGCAGCAGCGCUGGGAAGCUAUGCCAUUUGUCCAGGAGCGAGCUUGUAGGUGCCAAGCCUGCAUGGAGCCUGAAAGCCAGAACCAUGCUUAA